GGACCUGCUGUCCUGAACCUCUCUGUGCUUAGAGAGGAAAAUCUCACUGAUGAUUUACUGCUGGGACCUUCACUGAGCAUCUGGGACCAUUUUGUUUUAGAAGUCAAUUUACAGGAAUAUUCACUCAGAGAUUCAGGAUCUGACAAGCUGUUGGCUGUUGUUCUUCUCGCCGCUGAACUGGAGCUAUCCAAGAGUGUGAGUAAUAUGGGGGAGCCAUUAAAUGGGAAAGAUCCUGGUAUUAGACUGAAGGGCUUCCAUUGUGUUUAGACCUGGCAACAGCAUGCAAACCAAUCGGUGAACCGCCACGGCCUGUCAAACCCCCACCCUUACAGCCAACAGCACCACCAACCCAGCUUUUGGGGGGGAUUCCAGACACUUCCAGUCUGUCAACCUGUGCCAGAAACAAUGGAUUUCAUGCUACCUAUAAGAAAUCAAGACCUGAUAGCAUACUCCAGCUCACCACCUCUUCGGGGCCCUCAGAAAAUGAGUGUCAGGCACCUGUACCAUGGUGUCAAGAGAAAGCUGCGGCCUGGACGGAUUUUGGGCUUUAUCGUCAGCCUGGUGGCUGUCUGCAUAGCCUGUUCAUGGAGUGCCUUGAUGCUGGCCAAAACAGUGACCACUCAGGUGGAUUCAGCUGCUGAGGGCUCAGCAGAGGCAACAGUGCCCCAAAGAACACUUCUGCAGCACCACAACCUCUCAGCGGCACCAGAGGACACAGCGGUGGCCAUGAAGUCAUCCAGUUUAGAAAUGAAUCAUGGGGACUACCCAACGGACUACUUCAGUGUGGAGGACAGGCGCCAGGGCUAUGUAGUGCUUCAUAUGUUUGGCAUGUUGUACAUGUUCAUAGCUUUAGCCAUUGUCUGUGAUGAGUUCUUUGUCCCUGCGCUCACUGUCAUCACGGAGAAGCUGGAGAUCUCUGAUGAUGUAGCAGGAGCCACCUUCAUGGCUGCAGGUGGAUCAGCCCCAGAACUCUUCACAUCUGUCAUAGGAGUCUUUGUCUCCCACAGCAAUGUGGGUAUUGGUACCAUUGUGGGAUCAGCCGUCUUCAACAUCCUAUUUGUAAUUGGGAUGUGUGCCCUGUUCUCCAAAGAGGUGUUGCACCUCACCUGGUGGCCUCUGUUCAGAGAUGUCUCAUUUUAUAUCAUUGGCUUGCUCAUGCUCAUCUAUUUCUUUUUGGAUAAUCAAAUCGUAUUGGAGGAAAGCCUUGGUCUGCUGCUGUUCUACACCUGCUAUGUAACUUUCAUGAAGUUCAAUGCCAAAGUUGAAUUAGUCAUCAAGAGCCUGCUGGGCAGCAACCAGGUGGAUGAGCUGGAGAAUGCACAAAAGGUAAAUGCACCAAGUGAUGAUGAGAACAAGCUUAUGGCUAAACCCAGGCUGCAGAGGGAAGGCAGCUGUGCUUCUCUACACAACUCACUGAUGAGAAACAGCAUCUUCCAGCUCAUGAUACACACGCUGGAUCCCCUCAGUAAUGAAGGACGUUUCAAAGAGAAGGCUUCAAUCCUUCAUAAAAUGGCCAAGAAGAAGUGCAGAGAAGAUGGGCCCACUGCCAAUGGAAUAGCUAAUAAGAAAAUCCCAAACAGUACAAAUGUUGCAGUGGAGGUUACGCCACCAAUGAAUGGAGCUGCAGGAGGACAAGAGGGUGGUGAGGAAGAAGAAGAUGAAGACCAACCUCUGAGCCUGGCGUGGCCUGAGACCCCCAGGAAACAGAUCACAUACCUCGUUAUCCUGCCCAUCAUCCUUCCUCUCUGGCUCACGCUGCCUGAUGUCAGGAGAGAGACCUCAGAACGGUUCUUUCCCAUCACUUUCCUUGGCUCCAUCUGUUGGAUUGCUUUCUUCUCCUACCUGAUGGUGUGGUGGGCUCAUCAGGUUGGAGAGACUUUCUGGAUCACAGAAGAAAUCAUGGGUUUGACAAUAUUAGCAGCCGGCACUUCAAUUCCUGACUUGAUAACCAGUGUGAUUGUAGCACGAAAAGGCCUCGGAGACAUGGCUGUGUCAAGCUCAGUGGGCUCCAACAUCUUUGAUAUCACAGUGGGUCUACCAUUCCCCUGGCUCAUGUUCAACAUUAUCAAUGACUUCAAGCCAGUAGAGGUGAGCAGCAACGGCCUGUUCUGCGCCAUCGUCCUUCUCUUCCUCAUGCUCCUCUUCGUCACCAUGUCCAUUGCGGCUUGCAAGUGGAAAAUGAGCAAAGUUCUGGGUUUUCUUAUGUUCCUGCUCUACUUUGUUUUCCUGGUCGUUAGUGUCAUGCUGGAGGACAAAGUUAUCGUCUGCCCUGUAACAGUCUGAGGGAGGGACUCCAAUUCCCUGUCAAAAAGCAGAAAUUAAGCAUAAUUGUGCUCAUGUUGACCAUUACAUAAAACAAGCAGAUACAAACUGUCUCUUAAUAUGGACACAGUAGAGGACUGCAUAGCUACUGUACACACACACGCACACACACACACACACACACACACACACACACACACACACACACACACACACACACACACACACACACACACACACACACACACAUUGACAGUUAGGCAGAAGCCAUGACACAAAUCAACCUUGCAGAUUCAGGCUGGUGCAUUACAGCCAUUUAACCAUGGCAUACAGGCCUGUGCUUCUUUUAUGGACUUCAUGCCAUUCAAUAAGAAGAAUUCUAUUUCUACCAUGUGACUGCCAGCAGUUUCCACUGUUGGUUGAAACAUGCUGAAAGCAAGCUAUGGUGUGUGAAAGCAAUGCCAGAUGGAAAUGUCAACUGAAGAUCAUAAGAAAAUUACGCAUACAAGCAGACGUUCAGCAUCCAUUACUCCACGUACUUUGCUACAUCAGAGAAAUGUUCAGUGUUUUUUUUAAAUAUAUUUUGACAUUUGGGGUCAUAUUUGGCAGAAUUGUCACCCAUCCACUGAUAUAAUAGGAUAUAUCAAAUGCGAAAUAGUUACUGUACAUGGAUAAAACUGGUUUGUCAGUACUGCCUACAUACGUACAUCCAAACUAUCUAUAAUGAGCUUGUGAACAAGACUUCAUCUGUUCUGGCUGCCUUUAUACGGAUCACUUUAGCGAAGGGUUGUUUCUGUAUCCCAAAGAUGCAGUUUGGACAACAAAUUGUGGACUAAAGAUUAACAGCGUCUGCUUUAUUUUACUUGUUAAACUUUAAAUCUAUUUUUUCAAAUUACAUGUUACUGAAAAGGAGUGUUCAAUAUCAACAAUAUCACUGAUUUCCAUCUGUAUUAUUUUUGGUGUAACAACAACUUGCGUACUGUAAACGAUAACACAGACUCUGUGUUAUUUCUGUUAGACUUACAGGUUGUAAGCCAUUGUUCAGUUAGUGACAUAACACUGAGUGAAAAGCAUGAAUUUUACAUCCCUAGUAGUAGUAAACUGACAAUACAGUACAAUAUGUUUCCAUUCAAAUGUUAUGUAAAUGUUAGAAAACUGAAAAAAAAAAAAAUUCUUAUGCACUGAAUGGAAAUGUUUUAAGGACGGUGUAAUAUUAAAUAAUUAAAGGAAAGUACAAUAAAGAAGUGUUUAACUUAAGAAAAGCUUUAACUUCUCAUUUUCUCUCUGAUGUGAAAUUUUUAUUUCAUGAGGUUUCAGUCUAGCAUUGUUGUUUUAUGAGCAAAAUCCAACUGCUGAGACAGAUAAAGAGACAUGGGGCCUUGUUGAAACUGCAGCUUAGUAUUGGUAGUGUUCACCUUGAGCAUCAUCCACCACCUAUUGCUACCAAACCACCUGCCCUCAUGUACAACAUAUCAGACACCUCAAAUGGCUUAAAGCAUCUGAUAACUCACCCCCAAAGACUCAAAAUGCUCAGAAAAGUAUUUUAGAACUUUCCCUCUUUAAGUAGAGAAACAUAUCAAUGUCCACAUUGAUUUUUUUUUCUCAUGCUGCCUGCUUCCUCUGUAAAAUAUAUGAAGCAGAGCUUAAUCUAAGCAAUAAUUUACCAUUCCUGAAGAAAUGCUAAAUUAUUGAGAUAAUUUAUCUAAAUUUCAGAAGCUGGAUCACACCCAAACACUCCCCAUCCAAUCAUACAUCUAUAAAUGCCUAUUUGCACCACAAAUCUAUUUGUUCCAAUUUCCGUGCUCCACCAUCUACUACCAUUUUUCUCUGGUUGUCAGUCACUAUCAAAGGUAUCUGGGGGAUCUGCCAGGCCCAGAAGCCUGUUGCUUCAUUAGCAAUAAAUGUUUGUCAUUUGGGGUAAUUUGUCAUUUGCUAGUGAAAUGCACUGUGGAAAUAUUAACAACAUCCCUUUGCUGUUUAUUUCUAGAAGUACAGAAGUUAGGAAUUAAACAAAAAAAGCUGAAACAAUAUACUGUAGCAGAUCACUAAAAGCAACAGUUGGCAACCUGUUAAAAUAAUAAUUAGAUUUUUAUAUUCUGUAUGUUAAUAUUGGAAGGAAGAUCCAAUCAUGAAAAAGUUCAGUUUUACUCAGGCACACAUAUAUACAAAUACUCAAGUAUUUCUGAUGCUCUUUGUUUCAUUUUACUUUAUCAAUAAAUUUAUUUAUUUUUUCCAAUAAGUGUAAAAUUUAUUUCCAUAAAAUCAACUUCAACUAUUCCCAACAUUAAAAUUUGUGUUUAUUGUGUAUUUAUAUGUAUAUUUUUUUGUAAUUGUAAAUUGAGACUAAUGUGAUUAUAAGCUGCUGUGUGUAGUCAAAGUCAGCACAUACAGCAGCUUAUAAAACUCAGCACAAUUUUCUCAGACUCCAGGUCAGAUUUAGCCAGUCUAUGCAGUAUCACUACUACAUUUUUCUUGCUUUGAUGGAUCAUAAGAAUGUGAGGAAUGUAUGUAUGAAUGGGUGCAUUUAGAAGAAUUCAUCUUGACCAUUUUCAAUACUAUGAAACAUUAUGAAAUGAUUUUGUAUUUCUCUUGUCUGUAUGGAAUCAUAUAUAAAUGAUAUGUUCUACUUGAAACAUGUAUGAUACUGUAAAAACAUAUAUAAUUUAUCUCUGUAUAAAAUGUUAUAACAUCAAAUAAAUGAAAAAAAAUUCAAA